AUGUUAGGGUUGAUGAAAAAAGAAGGGAAAACAUACUUGAGUUUGGAUUCCUUGUGUGAAACAGAAUCAGCAGACGAUUUUGAAGAAUCACUAUACGCUCCAGAUGUUCUGAAUGGUUUCAAAUUUUCAGGAAUCCCGAACCAUAAACUCACAAUUAAAGUAGGUGUUCCGGUCAUGUUGUUGCGUAAUAUUGAUCAAACUAAAGGGCUAUGCAACGGUACUCGGUUGCAGGUUGUUAGAAUCGCGCAACAUGUUAUUGAAGCGAGAAUCAUAUCCGGAAAAUUCUUCAAUGAGAUAACAUAUAUACCUCGCAUGAAGUUGAUUCCAUCUGACAAACGAAUGCCCUUCCGAUUCCAAAGAAGACAAUUCCCUUUGUCAGUUUGUUUUGCCAUGACCAUAAACAAAAGUCAAGGACAAUCCUUGUCUACUGUUGGAUUAUACCUUCGUAGGCCCGUCUUUACACAUGGACAGCUUUAUGUUGCAGUUUCUCGAGUUACAAGUAAAAGAGGCUUGAAGGUUUUAAUUUAUGAUGAGAAUGGUCGGUCUACCAACAAAACAAAAAAUGUAGUUUACAAUGAAGUCCUUCAAUGCUUAUAG